AUGAAUGAAAUAACAAUAAAAGUGAUAUUACUUUUUUCUAUUUACACUUAUGCACAACAAACAUUUUAUCCAUCACUAAUUCAUUCAAUAAAUUAUUCAGAAUAUUUUAAUGAACUACAAGAAAUACAAAAACAUAAUAUUAAAAUACAAAAUAUUAAUGAAGAUCUUUUAAAUAAUACAAAUGACAAUGAUGAUGAUCAAUUUAAUUUAGAAUUACCUGAUGAAAUAUUGUGGGAAAACUUUUGUAAAUAUUUUAAUAAAAGUUAUUCAACUACAGCAGAAAGUAAUUAUAGAAAAAAUAUUUUUAUGGAACAAAUUAAAAUAUAUAGAUAUUUUAAUUCAUUAUCUUCUUCUAAUAUUACUGCUGUAUUUGGUAUAACUAUAUUAAGUGAUAAAAGCCUUUCGGAAAUUGGUUGUUCAAAUCCAAAGUCUUUAAAAAAUUCAUCAAUAAUCUUCCCACCUCCAAUCCUUCCUCAAAUAACUGAUCCUCCUGCAUCUUUUUCAAGAUGUGGAAAAUACACAUUAAAUAAUUCUAAUUCAAUGAAAACUGAUGACUUUUGUACUGAUAUUUAUUGGUCAGGUUGUGAUGGUUGUUAUGCAUUUGCAGCAAAAGAAAUUGCAUUUAUUUCUUAUAAAAAUCAAACAUUAAAAAGUGCAUCAAUUAAUACAAAUUUAUAUUUUGAUUGUUCACCAGAAGCUAAAGGAUGUUGUGGAGGAGAUACUGAAGAAAUAUUAAAAGAUUUUCCUUAUGUAUAUUUUCAGAAUGAAAGUUCUAGUUUAGAACCAUCACAAUAUCUUUCAUGUAAACAUGAAAAAUGUUUUCUUCAACAUCCUAAUGGAUUAGUAAAAAAUAUUAUUGAGUUUGGCUCAAUUAAUAAACCAGAACAAUUUAAAUCAUUAUUAUUAGUAUAUGGUCCAUUUGUUUCUUCUAUAAAAUUAUUUAAUGGAAUUCAAGGAUAUAAAUAUGGAAUUUUAGAUAUAGAACAUUGUAAAAAUGAAUCAGUUAUUGCUUCUCAUUCUAUUGUUGUUGUUGGUUAUGGUACUCAAAAUAAUUCUAGUUAUCUUAUUAUAAAAAAUUGGUGGAACGGUUGGGGAGAAGAUAACAAAGGUUAUAUGAAAAUUUCAAUGACUAAUUCUUGUGGAAUUGGAACUCAACCAGAAGGAAAACAACCAACAAAUUAUAUUAUUCAAUUUUAUUAUUGUGAAGGAGAUUCUUAUUGUAUUGAUUGUGAUAAAGAAACUGGUAAAUGUCUUGAAUGUAGUUAUUUAUCCAGAUUAGACAAAAAUGGAAUGUGUACAAGAGAAUGUCCUGAUGAUUGUUUAACUUGUGAUAAAGCUCUUGAAGAAUGUUUUUCUUGUAAAAAUAAUGCAAUAUUACAAGAUGGUAAAUGUGUAAUAAAAUGUCCAAAAUAUUGUAAAACGUGUGAAAGAGAAACUCUUGAAUGUACUUCAUGUCAACCUUCAUAUAUAUUAAAUGGGACUGAAUGUAUAUACAACUGUACUGAUGAUUGUGAGAUUUGUGAUCCAUACAAUGAAACUUGUAUUAAAUGUAAAGAUAAGUCUGAACUUCUUAAUGGAUAUUGUAAUGUAUUAUGUCCUGUUGGAUGUAAGACAUGUGAUAGAGAAUCACAACGAUGUUAUUCAUGUAAAAGGUUCUAUCGACUAAAUCAAUAUUCUUGUGUAAGUACUUGUAAAGAUAAAUGUAUUGAUUGUGAUAGUUCAAAUACUUUUUGUGAAUUAUGCGAAGUUGGUUAUACUCUAUUAAAUGGGGAGUGUUAUUCAUCAGUAUGUAAAAAAAAUUGUCGUUUUUGUAAUAUUACAACUCCAAAUUGUGUUGAAUGUUUUCUUCCUUAUUUCAGUUACAAUGGAGAUUGCCAAAUCAAUUCAUUUUUAGCAUUAAUAUUUCUUUAUAUAUUUAUCACAUUGUCAUUAUUAUUAAAUGCAUUAUUAUAA